GUGUCCUUUGGGGAAGGGGGAGGGGAGAAGGGUGAAAGAAUUACUUCCAGGGCACAUCAACUCGUUUCCUCAUCACCCUAACCGCCUCUCCAGCACCACUUCCCAGCCCCUCCACAGGCUGCCAACGGUCCCACCGCCGAGCCCGCAGGGUGAACGUGUUUGUGCACAGCGCCAGACUUCUUCUGUGAGGAUCCUAUAAAGCAAACAGAAACUGGACAAGAAUAGAUGAUAGAGAAACAGAAGGUCUGAAGAUGGAUGAGCCCUGUAGACCAUGCAGGAAAAGCCCUCACAUGCACAGCAGCAGCCACCACUCCCCUGCAUGUUUCUGGCUACCACACACCUAAUCAGUCCUGAUUAGAUGCACUGUGAGGGACGAGGAAGCCAGAAGUUUCCUUUGAGAAGUUCUGAUGACAGGACAGAAGAAAGCAAUGGGCUCCCUUAAAUAAAGCCUUCAUCAGGCUCUGGGAAGAAACAUGUGGCUCUGUUUAUGGCAGGGUAUACCAGUGUUCUGCUCUCCAACUGAUCUUGCAGUGUCAUCUUGAUUUACCUCCUUCCUUUAGCACGCUUUACUUCACAGCUAUUACUUUAACACCGUCAGCUUCAUAUAGACGCACGCUCAAGCUCCUCUAUGGGCGGUUUACAUUAGUGGAGAUGGGUGAUAAACAGCUUAGGAGGGAUGGCGGGGAACCACCAGGACAUCAUUGUCCCAUCCAGCUACACAGAAAUGGCUGAGCAUGAUUUUCUCACCCAGUUUUGUUUGAGGUGAGCAUUUUUAUUAAUUAUAAUUGCAUACUUCAUUUAGGUAGUAUGCUUUAAAGAGCUUGGGUCUCGGGGUGUAGUUAAAUUGAGCUUUUUUGAUUUAUAUCAAAGAAGAACUUAACUGGAAAAAGUUGCCCUUUUUUACUGAUGUUUUAGACUUAGUAUGCUUCUCACAAGUAUGCUUAAAAAUCAAUGAAAUGAGAGCUCCAAUGUUACAACAUUGGUUUCCGACUGAAAGCUAGACAGAGACGAUACAUCUGUAUGAUGUAACCACUGAGCAUCUGGUGUGUGAUAAUUUCUGGGCAGCACAGAGCAGAAGUUCUCUGCGAUGAGGUGGGGUGUCAAGUCACAGAGAGCAAACAUCAGAGUUCUGCAGGAGGUUGAUAAGGUAGAUGGGUGGAGCUGCAGAGCUGUCCAGUUACACAGUCAUCAGUUACAUCAUGAAGGCACUCUGCCCCAAAAAUUAUUUUAAAAAAGAGUUUUAAAUUAAUAGUUAAUGAAAAUACUCAGUCAUGAAACGAUUUAUUUUUUUGCUUUAUAUGCAAAAACAGGACAAAAACAGAACACUUAUUGAACAGAAUAAGUGUAUCUGAUAAUGUGCUUGAGGGAGUGUUUGUAGGUGUGCACAGUUUAAGUAAGCCCAGAGGUAAAAAAUUUGUGAAAGAGAAUGAAAAAAUAAGAAAGGCAAGAUCAGUAACUAUAUAAAUAAACAUAUCUAUGUAUAUGUAUAUAUAUACAUAUACAUAUAGAUAGAUAGAUAGAUAGAUAGAUAGAUAGAUAGAUAGAUAUAGAUAUAUAUAUGCUACUGUGCUACUAUAACUUCUAUAGUAGCACAGUACUAUUACCCUAUUACUACUUUUUUAGUUUUUUAGUGUUUUAGUUCAGCUUCAUUUCAAGAGGGGCUUUUAGCAUUUACAGUUUUAAAGGUUUAAAAUAUAUUGUUUCAAAUGUUGAUUUUUGUUUAGUUGUUGUUAGUUUCUUGACUAUCAGUGUCAGCGCUUGUUAUGACAGUAGUGGUAUUUUUAAGCCUUUAUGACGUAAAGUACAGACACGUCUCAAACAUGCACUAAAGCCUUCUUUUGUGCUAACAAAUUCAAUCAAACUGACAAAGAUAUUUCUCAUGUGUUUUAAUUUUACCCUAACCCCUAACCCUAAUCCUUUUUGUUUGUUUUGGCAUGUCCACAUUUAAAUUUAAAUAAAUCUUUCAAGUGAGAAAUAUUUCUUACCAUUAAUAGCUUUAAUGCUGCAAACUUUAGAAUAGACUUUAAAGAGAUAGUUUGGCUUUUUCCAAUUUCAUUAAUAAGAUAAAUCUCCUAACAUCAGUUUUGAUACUUUGUGUGUUGCUUUUGUUACAUCCAGUCUAUGUGUAGCUACAGCAGAUUACUGAGAGGAACCAACAGACCAAAAUAAAAUAAGAUAAAACACACACAAAGCUUAACAUCCCUAAAUACAACCUUGAAGGUGAAACAGGUUUCUCUUAAUUUUUCUCUGUAUCACUAAAGCAAACUGCUUCUAAUAGAUGGACCUACAGCAGCUGGAAACUAAAGAAAAUUAACAGUAAACAGUUAUUAAAUUUGACCCAUUUUCUACUACUUUUAAAUUUAAAUAAAUCUUGAAAACCAGAAUGAGAUCGUAGGUGAAGUCAAAAGUAAAACUAAAUAUGAAAAUCUGGUUAAAAUGCAGGUAAGUUAAGUUUAAAAAAAAAUGUUUUUUUAAAUCAGAGGUUUGGAGCAAUCUUUAAUACUUGAAAUGACUCUUAAAAGUUAAAUCUUUAUAAUCAAAAUUACUUUAAAAUUACUUUGUUUCCAGAACUUGUCAGGCUUGCAGUUUUCACAGCAGACAAGUCCUCUUACAGCAUGGAUUUCAUUGGUUUUUCCAAGUAAUUUUUCUUGUCUUGAGCAACAUUGGAGUAGUCCAUCACAGUAAAAUUUCUCUCAGCUUGCUGAUACUAAGCUCUCUUGUAGCAUCACCUGCAGGAUUUCCAUUUCCUCUAUAAUAGUUCCACUGUGUAGGUUCAGUUAAACUCUUUUCCACAUCCCCUGUUUAGUCGAACUCUAUAUCUUCUCCAAAGUUUAACUUGGCUCUCUUCUAUGUCAAGGUGUGUCAAGAUAUAUUUACUAUGUCUAGCUACAAUAAGGGCACCUAGCCAUUCCAGGCUGAGUAGGGUAAAGUUUUUUAGGUGCAUCUGUUGUUUUAAAUGUUUUCCAAGUUCAUUACCAGUUUUACUUCAUGCCUUUAUCGCAGAGGAAUGGGUUGGAAAAACUCUUUCUCAGGUUUAGGCAUUAACUUUUGCAUCUUAAAACUCACUGAAGAAAGAAAAUAGGAGGACUGUUUCUCUUCUGUUUGUUCACAGAGUAUUCACCAGGACAAAAAACAUACCCCAGAUAGUUCAUGGACAACUGGUGUGUGUAACGCGAUGCCUUUGAGGAGGUGUGUUUGUUUUCUUCACCUCCAUAGUUACAACAUGGAGUUUUAUUAUAUUUAAAAACACAUAAACAAAAAAAAAAGCUUUUAUUAUUGACACUCUUUUCUUCUACGUGGACAAAUUUGUCAGAAAAACCUGUUUAACAUGUGACGGCUCUGCAUGCUAGAUCUGUAAAAUGACAGCACACCAUACAGAUUUCAGCUGAACUGAAAGCUGGGUUGUCAGGAACAACACAGAAAGGUCAACAGGAGGCGGGUUGUUUUGAGGUUGACUACCUUAUUUCCCUCUUGUGAAAGGCCACAAACAGUGUCAGGCCUACUCUGCAGCAGCAGAGAAUAUGAAAGAAGUUAAAAACAUAGCAGACAAAUGGGGAAACAUAAGUGGCAUGUAUGCAUGUGUAGAUGUUCUAAUACUCAAUACUACUAACUGAAAGCUUCUUCCUCUGCAGCUUGAAGAGUCGAAAAAGGAAAUGAAACUGAUAAAACCUUGGAUAGUGAGGAAGAGCUGCACAAAAACUAAAAUGCAAAAAAAGUCGCUUUGGAAACCAGGCCGACCACUUCCUAGGAUCUCUGGCCUUUGCAAAGAUGUUGAACCGAACCCUGGCAGUCCCUCCCUGGAUAGUGUACCGCCAUCACACACACCCCUACACCAAUGUCCAUGUUCCUUACAGCGAGUUCUUCGUGCUAGAGGCUUUGUCUGCCUACCACCGUGUGAUCAGCUUGGAGGACUUCAUGGAGAAGCUAGCCCCCAAAUACUGGCCUUCAGGACAGAGGAAAGCCUACUGCUUUGAGACUGCGGCCCAUCGGAGUAAGGACAAGAAGUCCUGCCCCAUGAAGGAUGGGAACCCAUUUGGGCCAUUCUGGGACUAUGCCGGUGUGGACUUUGACAAGUCUGUCUUAUUUGGUGGGAUUUCCUUCAGUGCCUAUCACCAACCUCAGUGGAUGAAGAAGUUUCCUCCCUUUGAGCACCCUGUCCUGGCCAUGCCUGGGGCUCCAGCUCAGUUUCCAGUGAUAGAAGAGCAUGUGGGCCUGCAGCGCUAUAUAGUUUGGUCAGACAAGAUGGUGAAGGAGGGAGAAGAGCACAUUGCCACCUUGCUGACCAGGCCAUAUGUUGGCAUCCAUCUGAGGAUUGGCAUAGACUGGCAAAAUGCCUGCAAACUGCUGAAGAAUGGCGAUGCAGGACCUCAUUUCAUGGCCUCCCCUCAGUGCGUUGGGUAUAACCGUCAAAAAGCCCUGCCCCUCACUAUGACCAUGUGUCUGCCUGACCUAACUGAGAUUCGUAGGGCUGUCAAGCUGUGGGUAAAGAAGACCAACGCCCGUUCUGUCUACAUCGCCACAGACUCUGAAUCGCACAGUCAGGACAUUGAAAAGCUCUUCAAAGGCAAGGUGAAAGUGGUGAGUCUUCAGCCAGACUUUGCCCAGAUGGACUUGUACAUCUUAGGCCAGUCUGACCACUUCAUUGGAAACUGCGUUUCCUCCUUCUCUGCCUUUGUGAAGAGAGAGCGGGACGUCCGCAGCCUUCCCUCCUCCUUCUUCGGUAUGGACAAGCCGGGGAAAUCAAAUGCCAAAGAAGAGCUCUGAGUGUCAGGCGUUCGUCCUCUGAACACUAAUUACAUGUCAUGAGGAGGCGAGAGUGUUCAAAUGUCACACAAUGGUUCACAAUGUGUCCAGUAAGAUUAUAAAUUAAGGCUACACGCAUGUCUACUUUCAGAAUGGGUUAUGUGUGUUAAAACAUGGAGAGUGCUGCUAUCAGGAAAGACUAUUUAAAUAAACGCUAUUAUAAUGCAAAUACAGUUUUUUAGGGAGUAAAAAACUGUUAUAUUAGCAGAUGUUUUUAACAGUGUUCAUCAGUCAGCCACACAUUCAGCCACAUUGUGUUUGUGGUACACAAGUGGAACCUAUACUGCAAUGAGGAGGCAUAAAUGUAUACUGUAAGGACUGUCUGAAAUACCAGUUUUUAGGCUCUGCAUCUAUGGGAUAAUCAACAGAAUGUUCAGGGUUUCAACCAACAGGGAGAGGGUUGGCAGCUGAACAUGGCUUAAGGGUAUAAGCAGAACCCCCUCCCCAUUUUUACAUUUAGUCAGAAAAAAGUUAUUAGACAGCAAGCAUCAAGUGCUCUAAUGUCUUUGUUCCCUCUCAUGUUUGUGCAUCAACCUUUUUUGGUUCCCCAUACUGAAGCCAGUUUUCCUUUCCUGAGGAAAACAUGCCACUUCCCUAACAUUUCCUUUAGGUACUGCCUUCAACAAACUGUAAAAGAGUGAAUGCACACUCAGCAGUGAUGCUCUGCUGCUCUUUCCUUUCCUUCCUCUAUGCCCUCCAUAACAUGGAGAUCACAGUAACUGAGCCUGCUGUAUAUACCAGUUCGAGGGAGGGGAAGAGGAGACAUUACCUCUCAGUUUACCAGGACCAAAAUCUAUAUGUGAACACCUGCACUGAAAGUUGUAAUUUUGUUGAUGUUUAAGGGAAUUUAGAUGUGCAUACAUGUGACGAUGUAUGUUAAGCUGGUAAACGCAAUGAUUUUGAAGUCAAAUGUUUUUCAUGAUGUCUUUUUUUUAAUCAAUUAAGUCAUGUACACUUUUUUCCUGAAGGACCAGCAGCCUGUUUACUUCCCUCUAGAAGCUUAGCUUUGAAUCAGUUUGUCAAAUCAGUGAACAGGCUAAGCAUGUGGGGCCUUUAUAAGUAUUUUUCAUAAUGUGAGCUUGGAUAUUUUUUUAUUCACAGCUGAAUAAAGUUAAUUUUAAGUUGUA